CGGUCACCCAUUCAUAUUUGGUCUUCCGGAAGUAUCUGAGGGUCGGGUGAGCCGGAGCCUAUGCGAACGACAGACUCUCGUGGAGAAAUUAUGACCCCAUUUUGGAAUGGAACCAAGAAUUUUCCACUGGACUGUUAACUAAUGGUGACCUAAAACAACCAGAGAUGGCACAACCUGCUGAUAUCCAAGAGGGGCCAGUGGACAUCAUUCAGAACUCACAGAAUGUCCCUUUUGAGAGCCCUUGGCCUACAUGUAAAACAGCUGUUUCUUCAGUUGGAGGUCCUCAGUUGAAGAUGAGCUUACAGAAGAGGCUGAAUUCUCAGUGGCAGCAGCACUUUACAUUGAUAGAGGUGUUGCAGACCACAAUGCAAUCUGAAACACUCUCUUAGUAUAACCAAAGCACUCAACACCUGAUGCCUCUGGAUAGUUAAAGUUAUUGAGAGCCAAAGAAAACUCUGGAUAGGUUUAUGUAGACAUCUCUUACAACACUGGAUGUUGUAUUUCCAGAUUUAGUGAUGUAAACAUUGAUGUUAGGGGGCACCUGAAGUUCAGAGCUGUAAUAUUAGCUUUGCAAAAAGCAAAGAAAACAGUCAAGAUAAGGUCCCCGAACACAACAUUGUGUCCUAGCUUUUCAAAUGGAACCCAUGAAUUCCCUGGCAAAAAUAAGCAAUCCAGCUGUCCAAAACACGGGAAUGGAAGAGGGUUUUUCUGCUACCUUGGUAAAGCCACCAGUGUCUGGGGCGAAACGGUCAACCCAAGGAAUGAGAUCUUCCAGUGACAGUAAGCUCCUUGAUGUCAAUCUUUCCAUGCAUAUUAAAGAGGAGAAGGAGGAAGUGAUGGUGGGAUUUGACGACACCCUUGUAACAAGCACUCAGGAAUUGGACAAAAAGGUUAAAAUUGAACCGGUGACGAGGGAAAACCUCAUGGCUGGAACUGGAGAUCAGAAGAAUCUGGCAACUGAGGCAGACACUGAGGUGUCUCAUCUGUUUCUUGGGAAAGGGGGAGAUAUUUGCUUUAAGGUUGAGGAUGGAAACAUUGUCAAAGAAAACCCGUUUGAAGAAACUAUGGAGGCCCUUGACUUAAGCUUACCUAAAAAGAGAGACCGGAGUUUCAGAAGUAGAUGUGUAUGGAUCACAGGGGAUGAUGCUGCCAACGAAAGCUCAUUAGUAAUGGAGGUAGAUGAGAUCGAAGAUAUAAGGACAGAGCCAGAGGUGGAGGAAGAUGACUACUCUUCCUGUGAGCUCGGGGAAAUGCAGUGGGGAAACUUCCAAGUCACAGACCUUGCUUCCUUCUCAGCUCCUCUGGACGAGGCCAAUGCUGAGGAUAUGCUCCUCAUCGAUAUUGAAGGCGUCCCGUACACACUCACACCAGAUGGGACUAAAGUUCCACAGAUGGACUCUGAGGAGCAGGCGGAUCAACCAGAUUCCACAUUAACAGCUGAUCAAGACCAGCCCUGCUCCUCAUCGACCCUGACGGAAGCGGUGCUUUCUGAGCAGAAUUUGUCACACGGCUCAGUCCUCUCCAAUAACUUGUCAUGCACAACACUAGCAACUUCAGCUAGUUUUCAAAAUAUAGCAGUAAAAUCUAGUCCAGUCAUUUCAAACUUGUCUCAACUGUCUAUGUUACCUGCAUUGUCUAGUCUGUCCUCUCAGCCCAUUCAAGUCAUAGCAAAUAGCACCUCGAACACACCCAUACUACUCCUCCCUUCCUCUCAGCUACAGACUGCUUCCUCUUCUGGCUCAGGCGAGGCAAAUGCAGGGUUAAUGGCACUUUCCCUCCCUCUGACUCUUGCUCAAAAUACUCAGUCAUCGCCCAUGUUUCUUGUUCUGUCGUCGUUGCCUGUGUCCUCCACUCAGACCUCUGUCACCCAGCUUCCGCUCCUCAAUGCUUCCUCAGGCCAGCUUUCACAAAUCUCAUCCGUGUCCUCUGUUGCACUUCCGCUAACUGCAAGCUUGCCAAGUGUAAGAUCGGGCGUUAUGGCGUCAAAUCCUCCUGUUGUCGACCUCUUAGUUCCCGAGUUGCAGUGUUCUACUGCUUCAGGAUCAAAUACGCUAGCUAGUCCUUCCCCUGUACCUGGCACUGUUUUGCCUGCUGGUGCAAGUAAUGUUAGUUCAACAAGUCACAGCAGACAUCUCGACUCUGACAAGUCAGACAGCUGGACGCCCAAGUCUUUUCGCGAGGCCCUGCUCAGGCCAACAUACUCUCCGGAAAACAGAACGGAACAUCCCCCUGAUACCCAAACAAAAAGCUCUGAGGUGCCAGCCACCUCCUGCCUAUCACCUAGCAACCCAGGACCUACUUCUCCUCUGGUGACCUCUGACCUUUCUGAGGAACCCCAGAGUCCCAAAGGCAAACUUUUACCAAAACCGGAGCCAGAACCUGUGCCAAUCUCCGAAAAUGCAUCAGACUCUGUAUCGUCACAGGAUGAACAGCUAGUCUCCUCCUCAUCGCCAACACCCCCCAUCUCCCCUUCCAUUGUUGGCAUGUACCCCGCCAACCAGCCUGUUGUCUCCCCGCCGUCUCCCUCCAGUUGUGCCCGGCGUGUCCUUUAUUGCCGGUACUGUCCACGGAUCUUCUACUACCUGUCCGACCUGGAGCGUCACUCCAUCACGCACUCCCAGAGCAAGCCCCACGUGUGCCCGCUGUGCGGCAAGGCCUUCAAGCGCUCCAGCCACCUGGAGAGGCACAAGCACAUCCACACGGGCCAGCGCAACUUUGUGUGCUCCAUCUGCUCCAAGCGCUUCCGGGAGGCCGGCGAGCUGCUCCGGCACCAGCGCGUGCACACGGGCGAGAAGCCCUUCCAGUGCUCGCUCUGCCACAUGCGCUUCGCCGAGCGCAACACGCUGCGGCGCCACACCAAGCGCAAGCACCAGGGCCGCGAGCACGAGGCCAUGGAGGUGGACGGCGGCCACGUGGGGACGGCCUCGCAGGCCCUGGUGCUCGUGCAGCAGGAGGAGAGCCGAGUGGUACAGCUCCACCGUACCAGAGCAGGACUCCGACUCCGAGCUAGACGGAGAUGGAGAUGGAGACGUAGAGUGACACGGAACGUUCUGGCGUCUGCUUGGCUUUGCAGCAGGACUGUUUUUCCCCCCAUGGUCUGAUUAUCAUUUCUGAAAUGGACAGACCCUAAGCUGAGUGCAGUGUGAAAUUAUGUAUUUUGGCAGAAUAUUAAGCAGUAUAUUCCAAACUAUUUUGACUUUUUUGCCCUUUUGGCUGCAGAGACAUAAUUUUUAGUUGUUUUCUUUAUGAUUGGUGCAAUUAUACGCUCUGUAAGGAUGAAAUGAUCUGUUUUCAUUUAAAUUUAUUUGUAUAUUUAUAAAAGUGUGCUACCUGUUUGUGUGAAUGCAAAUUCAUUUGUUUUAUACACUUUAUAUUUUGUUGUAAUAUCAUGAUGCACUAUUAGAUCAUGCCUUCUUAAUUGGAUGUGGUAAAUCCUCUUCUUUACUGUUACCUGUGAGGUGCAUGUUAAAUCUGAACAUCUGUUAAUGACAGAUGACAGUGACACAAAGGACCUUGAAGAAUGGUAAAAAUGUUUAUAAGUAAAGUGUAAAGAAUCAUGUUAUAUCAAGAAUAAUUAGUAAACUCAACUGUAUUUACUUUGCACCGUGUGUUCCCAGACAGGGGCAAAGAGAUGCUGUAAGCCUCACUGACUUCUGUCUUUGUUUUCUUGAAAUCCCUCACUAAGCCUUGGCAUAAUGCAAUUCAAAUAUCCAAAUAAAUUACUGUGUUAAUAGCAAGGUAUUAGCCCUUGGGAAAUUGACAUGGGUCAAUUAGUUACCUAGCUCAGAUCAGAUAUGUCCUGUGUAAUUAUGAGAGUGAAUAUUUGCACUGUGCGAUUAUGCUUUGCUUGUUAACCCCUGUGUUUCACUCAGCCACUCUUGUAAUUAUCUGGCCAAUUGAGCACAUCGCAGCUCUGCUGCACAGUCACAGCCCCAGCACAGCCACGCACAGAGAGAUCCGCUGGUGCUCGCUCCAAGAUAGCGCUGCGCUGGCUUAAUUGAGUCCACUUCAUGGUUUGUCAUCCCAUAGUGAGUUCCCUUUAUUUUGUAAUUAAUGAGUGUCAAAAUAAUUGUGUUUUAUAUUUGGUAAUGAUUUACUCUUAUAAUAAAGAGAUUUGUGAAAACACACAUAAUUAACUAUCCAGGGAGAACGACACUGAAAAAGCAAUGUUUACAGGGCCGUUACAAUGAAGAUUCA